AUGCCGGAAGAAGAAAUACAAAUCUUGCUGCAUUUGUACGGAACUGACGUAAAACGGAGAAAGCGUGAUGACCAGGUCACAUGUGAUGUGGCCAUUCCGGAUGAACCUGUUGUCGAGAGUCAUCCUAGAAAUGACGAUGGAGCACCCAGAGAGUCUGUUAUUGAUAUGACUGAGGUUACAAAUCCUGUCAUGGAAGCUGACACGGAUGCACGUAUUUGUGCGAAUCUCGAAGCAGCCUCUGAUUCCUUGAACAUGGAGGACUUGUUGGCACGAUUGAAUCCUGACUUUGUCCCUGAAACCUCUGAUUCCUUGAACAUGGAGGACUUGUUGGCACGAUUGAAUCCUGACUUUGUCCCUGAAACAUCACCUCGUCAGGAUGGAAGGAUCCUGCCUGAACACGCACGAAGAAAUGGAUCUUUGUGUGGUUCGUCAUCCUGCUGGGACAUUUUUCGUGAGCAAGUCACGGAGUUCAUGCUUCUCGAAGCAAAAAAGAUCCACAAAAAGGUUUCGACAGUGGAAAUUAAAGGAAGUGCUGCAGAAAAAGUCAUGAUCACAGUACGAGAGCGAUUUAGGCAUAUCAUUCGCAGUGCCGCGGAGUUUGCGGAACAUCGAACGGACGUGUUCCGGAAUGAUUCGCAGUUCGAGCGGAUUCUGAAUGUACGAGCCCAGAUUCGAUUCCUGAAGGACAGCGAGGAGGCGCAAACGGAAUUGAAGGCUCAAAUGAAGAAACAGCGAAUUAUAUCUGCGGCUAAGUCCAGAACCAAGAAAACUGACGAACAACGAGCCCACAUGAAACAGUUGGUCAAAUCAAUUCAGGUAGAUAAGUCUUGA